CAAAUAGAUCGAUAUAUUUUUCUUUAAAAUGUACAUGUAGUCGGGAUCGGCCUUUGAAUUAAAUGACACGGGUAGAUAAUGGACUUUGACCGGUGUUUCGGUAGUUUUAUUUUAUCUACCAGGCUGUUUGAUAGCAUAAAACUUAAAAAGUAGAAACUUUAAUAGCCGUGAUGUCUGACGAUGAAACAUUGCGACAAGGUGUUCGAUUGAACCUAUCUGCAUGGAUAGACAAACUGAAAUGUGAUGGGGAUAUCGAGAAACAGCACUUCUUCAAGAAGAAAUUUAUACAGAGGCUACGUACUUCCCCUGUUGCCAUAGAAACUGACAAGGCCAAUGAGCAGCAUUAUGAAGUCCCCACGGAAUUUUUUAAAACAGUUCUUGGACCAAGGCUGAAGUACAGUGGCUGUGUAUGGAAUGACAAAGUCCAGAACUUAGCAGAAGCGGAAGAAGUCACACUUCAAUUGUACUGUGAAAGGGCAAAGAUUGAAGAUGGACAAACAGUGAUGGAUUUAGGCUGUGGAUGGGGCUCUUUUGGACUGUUUGUCCUACAGAACUAUCCCAAAUGUCAUGUGACCUGCGUGUCCAACUCUAACACCCAGAGGCACCACAUCGAGAGUGAGGGACUCAGGCUGGGUGUGUCCAACCGCCUGCAGUGUAUCACAGCAGAUGCCAAUGAAUUCACCACCAACAAGCGCUUCGACAGAAUCGUCUCCAUAGAGAUGUUUGAGCACAUGAAGAACUAUUCUGUCCUGUUCCAGCGGGUCUCCUCCUGGCUGAAGCCGGCUGGACAACUCUUCAUCCAGGUGCUCUGUCACCGACACUUCCCGUACUCUUUUGACACCAAGCCAGGGUCAGACACGGAGUGGAUGGCCAAGAACUUCUUCACCGGAGGAACAAUGCCCUCCGUGGAUCUCUUCCAUUACUUUCAGAGAGAUGUGUACCUUGAGGAUGAAUGGCUGAUCAAUGGCUGUCACUACAGUAAGACCCUGGAGGCCUGGCUCGCCCUCAUGGAUAGACAGAUGGACAAAGUGAAAAAGAUCUUCACCCAGACCUACGGUCAGGAGGCAGACAAACAAAUUUUUAAUUGGCGGCUCUUUUUCAUCUUCUGCUCGGAGGUGUUCGGCUACAAUGGGGGAAACGAAUGGCAUAUUGCUCAGUAUAGAUUCAAGAAGCAGCUCAGCAGUGCUCUGUAAAUGUUAUAUAUGUAAUUACAGUGCUCUGUAAAUGUUAUAUAUGUAAUUACAGGUUAGUUUUUUCAGGAAUUGACAAAGUGUUAUUCUGUUGAAUUGAAUGUUAUGAAGGAGCUAAUGAGUGGUAUAUUGCACUGUAUAUUAGAUCCAAGAAACAGCUCAACAGUGCUUUGAAAAAGUUUUCAAAUUUUUUUUUAUCAAAAUAAGUCUACACAAUAUGUAGUCAGACACAUGAUUGAAAUUAGUUGAUGGCAUUUUAUUUUAGUGGACUGAAUGUUGGUUUUUUUUUCCAAUGUCAGAACUACUGUUAUGAUACAUUUUGACAUUACCCAACCUGAGUUUCAAUGUUUAACUCAUAAAUACAUGUACAUGUAUGUGAAUUACCAGUAUUUGGUUGCAUCGAUCUAUUCUGAUUUUUAUAAGAAAUUGUUGAGUUGUGUAAUUAUAGUGUAUCACUUAUUUAAGUAUUAUUAUCAUUGUGUAAAUUAGUAUAAUUUAUUAUUUAUAGCAUUAAGUGUUUUCAGUUUUGAAUAUCAAUAUUUUGUAUGAGUAUUUACUGUUAUUAGUAUUAUUAGUAU